AUGUCUAUUGGUUCGGUUCCUACUCCGGCAGCUGGAACUUCUCCUUUGGAUGUUGUGUCAUCCAAUACAAGUUUGAAUAUGACUGGUGCCACGACUUUGUCAUCUCCUAGUACGAGUACAUCCAAAGCGAGUUGUUCUACUGCUGGUCCCGCAAGCAUACAACAACAACUCUACACAAAACCACAGACUCUGUCGUCAGUAUCUGCGUUUGACAGUGCGCCAACUCCAAGUUCUCCGCCAGCCACGCCAGAAAGCGAAAACUCCAGACCUCCAACUACCGAUGUCACUAAUACAACAAGCAAUAUUUCUACCCCGAACAAUAACGCCAAACAAAACAGUAUAUCUUCAUCUGGCUCGUCAUCUAGUCCAGAUGCUGGACUACUAGCACCUGUAUCAUCUGUAUCAUCACGGGAAUCGACCCCAUCAACGACGUCAAAUUCAAAUAUUAAAUCACUACUUCCAACAGCAGUGGCAAGAUCCUCAUCUGAACACAAAAACUACUGUUAUAGACAUCACCCAGAUGUCACCUGUAAUCGACAAGCAGAUGAAAAGAAGAUGCAAGAACUACAGGAGGAAAUGGACAGGAUACAGGAUCCUACUGAGAAAGAAGCCAUCAACCAGAUCUGGGCCACAUUUAGUGCCGCUCCUUCACGACAGCGAAUGCUGAUUCUACAGGGAAUUCUCGCUCAAUGCUGCUUUCCACAGUUGUCGACAGUGUCACAACUCGUUAAAGAUCUCAUUAGAAUCGACUUUUUAUCAGCACUUCCUACGGAGUUGUCGUUUCAGAUCUUGUCAUAUCUUGAUUCUGCCUCUUUAUGUAGAGCAGCUGCGGUGUCUAAACACUGGAAAACUCUGGCUGAUGACGAUGUGGUGUGGCAUCGAAUGUGUGAACAACACAUUGACAAAAAAUGUACAAAGUGUGGAUGGGGUUUACCAUUGCUUGAGAAAAAGAGGCUCCAGGAUGCCAAAAGGGCUAUUCAAGCUAGAGCAGCUGGCAGAAGCAAAGAUUCGAGCACCAGCGGUACUGGAAGCUUGACUCCUGUCUUGACUACAUCUAAUAAAAGGCCUUUGGAAAGUGAUGAUUCACGUACUCCGUCAGCCAGUCCAGCUCCUAAUUCAUCAUCAAAUGGACUAAGUGUAGUACCCAGUAAAAAGCGCAAAACAAGACCUUGGAAAGACGUCUAUUCCGAACGAUACAAGAUUGAGCGCAACUGGAGAGACAAUCGAUACCAGCUCAAAGAGUACAAAGACACUUCGGCAGUUCUUUCGCUUCAGUUUGAUGACCAGUACUUGAUGACUGGUACUUAUGAUGGAGACAUCAAAGUAUGGGAUGUAGAGUCGGGAGACCUGAUUCGCACUUUGUCUGGUCAUUUACAAGCAGUCAGUGGUCUAAAGUUUGACCAAACAAAGCUCAUUAGUGGUAGUUGGGACCGUACAGUCCGUGUAUGGAACUACCGAACUGGCGAGUGUGUGAGUACAUUCCGAGGCCACGAGCAGCAGGUUUUGUGUAUUGAUUUCCAUGACAAAUGGAUCGCUUCAGGAUCGGCCGACUGUAAUGUCAAAGUGUGGAAUUUCGAGGAAAAGUCGUGUUUCACGCUACGAGGUCAUAAAGAGUGGGUUCAUUCAGUCAAGAUUCACUCUGCAUCAAGUACCCUUUACAGUUCAUCAGAAGAUAUCACGGUGAGAAUGUGGGAUCUGACCACCAAACAGUGUCUCAAAGUGUUUGGAGGGCCUGACAACACGCCCAUUGGCCAUGUAGCCCAGAUCCAGCAGGUGAUUCCUCUUACCUUGGACCAUCUCGAGGGUCAACCCGAACGCAGACGAAGCGUUGUCACCAGCAGCAACAGCAAUAACAGUAACGACACUGUGGGAUCCAGUACCAACCCCGCUGGUACUGCUCCCAUCAACGUCAACACCAAUGUUUCUUCUACUUCUGCUAUUGAUAACCAAGUUCACGGCAACAACACUGAUGAAAAUGCUGGUGACGACCGUGCUGAUGCCACUGGUGCUACAACAGUCGCAGGAACAAACCGAAGUUCGUCGUUUUCCACCAACAAUACCGUGACAACCGCCAUUCCUGGCCGACUUCUCACCACAUCACUUACCAACAGCAACACAGGCUUCUCUGCUAACGACAGUCAAACCAACAUCAAAAACCGUCCGACCCAUCUCCUGACCUCGUCACUCGACAAUACCAUCAAACUAUGGGACAUUGAGACCGGCGAGUGUGUUCGAACGCUGUUUGGCCACGCCGAGGGCGUGUGGUGUAUCGCGGCCGACACCUUCCGCAUCGUCAGCGGAGCCCAUGACAAGCUCGUCAAAAUCUGGGACCUGCAAUCCGGCAAGUGCUGGCACACCUUCUCAGGCCAUUCACGCCCCGUGUGCUGUGUCGGGCUCAGCGACACCCGGUUCGCGAGCGGCGGCGACGAUGGCGUCGUCCGCAUCUACUGUUUCGACGACAUCGAGGCCAACCAACCCUAA